UGUCCUCCAGCUGCAGUCAGCUCAGUCAGUGUCACAUUUGUGUGUUUGACACAUGACAUUAAUUCAGCUUGUGUUCAAACCUUUAAUCGUCACAUUAGACAUUUGUGUGUGUGAGACAUAGGUAUUCCCCUGAAGUCAAUGCGAACCCCUCUCAACAUGUCAGCUCCUCUCAGCAUUUUUACCUGCCGCCCUUUUCACUCAUCUCCAUGUGACCAUAACCCACAUUCUGUGCUUUGAAGUCUUCUUUUUGAAGCAUUUCUUUUAAAUUAGAUCCUUGAUGUCUGUGACAAUAUAAUGACCAUAUACAAUAAUGUAUGAAUGUAUGAAAAUAGUACAAUAUGUCAUAAAAACAAUUAUUAUUUCUAAUAGAAAACCAUCUAAAGUUGAUAAAGUUUGGCCUUCAAGCAUUCAUAUACAAACACAAUGAAAUUAAGAAACAUUUAGAAGCUGUGUACAGACAAAUAUUCAUCAGUUGAAUGUUUUGUACAGUAUAAUAGAAUCGCCAGGCUCGUCAUCACAGGACAGAGUGACGGUGUGUAAAACCACAGUGUUGCAUACAAGGCGACUUUCAUAUUCCUUCUGUGCUGCAAACAUGAGUGUUUAUCAGCAAAUGUGAGUAAAAUGUGCAGCUGUAGUGUAUUGACCUGAGGUGACGGUGUCUCGGUUCUUGUUUCCGCUGCGUUGGCGCCACUGGAGCGUCGGCUGGAGGCCUUCUGUCACCUUCACGCCGGCCGUAGAAGCCCUGUGCUGUUCCGGAGCUGCGUUAUUGUAAUGACAUCUUCACUCCGCCUGACUUCUGCUUUGGGCAGCUCCGUGCAGUAUUUCUCCCUCCAUUCAUCCUCUUAUCACUCACCUUGUGUGCGUCUGUGAGCGCGCGCCUCCCUUUGUGCUGACGGAACCCUGUGGCAGUCAGCAAGUCAAUAUAGCUGUUCAAACAAGUCCAGAUAGAGAGGAGCACCGGGUGCAGUCACAGCCUGAACCCAUCUGUGGCGGAGCAUCAUUUGGUCACGUCACACAGCUUUGAAGGGGUUUUGAGGAUUAGGUCAUGGUUAAUUUGAUGGCUAAGGUUAGAAGUGGAAGGAACAUUAUAUUAUAUUAUAUCAAUGACUGCAGGCUUUAAUAGUAGCUGUGACAGUUGUAGUGUAGUAUCGUAGCUGUAUUUGUCAUAGUGGAGGUAGAUUGUUUGUAUUGAUAGUAGCUCAGUAGAACGGGUGCAUAGAAACACAUGUAGUCGUAGUGGUAGUAGUAGUAUUAGUAGUAGUUUUUACCUUUUCCGUUAAUACUCGUUGCUUCUUCUUUUCUCCGGCCUCUGGCCUCUCCUGGCGUCUUCCUUUUCCGUCGCUGCUUCUCUCUCUUCUUUCUCCAGGAACCAUGUGUGGAGCAGCUGGUGCGUCGCACUUAAACGCUACUACUGUUUGAAGUCCAGUGGGACUGAGCUGAUGUGCUGGCGUGUUUCCCAUCUAUAUGACAAUCCCCUCACAUCCACAGUCCGUUGAUACACUGACACAUACCCUAACCUUCAGCCGGGACUGGACUUGGAUUUGCUUGAAGCUCAGUGUGGCGUCUUGUGCUGUUUCUGAUUUGUGUCCGUAUACAAAAGUCUACAAAUUGAGAAAUAAUUGUGGUUGUACUGUAUAUACACAGUAUGAGAUGUGCUACGCCUCACUGAUCACAGUGACUGACAUCACUUUCAAUCCCAAAGCCAAACAUUAAUAAAUAAUAGGUGGACAAAUCAUAAAGAUCAAAUAAUGACUCUGAGGUUAUAGUUUAUCAUUUCAGCAUGUUUGAUAGUAUUUACACCUAAAUAUUAUCAAACAAGGCUGAUAGAUGUGUACAGAGAUAAACAAUGGUUUUAGCUUGUUAAACAGAAUAAAUCAACAUGAAAGCUGUGGAAGAGAACGUUUAAAGGUGCUGCUCAGACAUGUGGGAAAGUCGGGAAAAAGAAAGAAAGAAACCACCGAUGCACUGAACAAAACACACACGCUGUCUACCCAGUUUAAAUAAUGAUGCCACUGAGGACUGCACAAGCUCAUAGUGAAGACUGUUAGUGAUGGUCUGAUUAAGUGAAUGAGUAGAGACUUGUUUUGGGAUUGACUGCCAGAUAAUACUGUCAUGUUUGUAUUUGCUUUAUUUAAUUUGAAAACUCAUUUUCUUGGCAUAGGUCUUCCAGCCAACACUGGCCCAGCAGCUAGGUCUAGUAAUAACAACUACUAACUAGCAGAAAUGAGGCAGAAAAGUCCAUUAAAUAUAAAACGUAGCAUGAUGUUGAGUAACCCAACCUAAUGAGUUGCUCACGCUCUAAAAGCUGUUUACGAAAUCAAACCGUGUCCAAAACACAAUCUGGAGAAGACUCCCGGCUCCUGAAGCAAGCCAUUAAUAAUAACUGGAUGGAAAAGCGCCUGCUGUGCACAUAUUUCGGCACUUAUGUGUUACUGUACCUCCAUCCGGUCGCACUGAGGAUGGGAAAAGCUACAGUACAUAAUGAUCUCCACGGUGGCUCAGUGAGACUGUUCGCCUGCAGAUUUAAACGCAGCCAUCUUGCAUUUAUUUGCUAUAUUAAGUUUGCUUAUAUUGUUAUUUUUGGCAGACUAUUGUUUUAUUGUGUGCUACAUCCUGCUUUCUACCCCGUCCUCCCCCUGGGUAUCUUCAAAGAUUCAUCCAAGCUAAAAUCUUCCCUUUGUUGGAUCACUGCGCUGUGCACACACUCAGCUCAGAGUCCUUCAGAUGUAAAGUCUGGUACUUUCCCCGCUGUCUGUCAUUCAGCAUCAAAGAGAUGCUGGUCGCCUGCGCUUUACAAACACAUGACCCACAGGUGUGUGAAGGAGCUCCUGUCCCUGUUUAUACUGUAUGACUGAAACUGUUUUACUCCUCAACGCGCAGGCAGCUUGUUUAUUCUGAGUGUCUGGUCAGCUUUGUGCAAAAUGUUUAUGUCUGGUACGACUUUAAAGCUGCAUUAAGCAAUAUCUCUUUAUUUUGUGGCACUGUAUCCAGAAGGUGAAUCCCUCUAGUCUGCAGCCAGCGGGCGCACUCAGGUCAUAGUUUUGGUUUAGCGGCCCACAUUAAACCCAAGCAAUGCACCUGAUCUCAGUAAAGGAAGUCUACAGUCAUCUCACAGAGCUGACUGCACACUUCCUGUUAAGCAGUAAAUGGCAAACAGGCGAGGCUGAAGACCGUCGAACAUAUAGCAGUCCAAAGACACCCAAGAGUCUGGGGACCAAAGCGAGUCUGAAUUUAAUUUACAUGCGGCAUGUGACCAAAAAGAUGACUGCGAGUCCAGAUUCCACUGUUUCUGCUGAAUGUGAGAUGGCGACUUCUGAUCCCUGUGCAAAUGCCCCCCCAACGCCGCCCGAGGAGCUGGAGCCCUCCCCCUCUCCUCGCAAGAAGCGCGGGCGUCGGAAACUAGACCAAACUGAGAAAAAUAAAGAUGAGCCAGAGGAUAGAAACUGCGACUCCCCAAGAGAGGGUGAGACCGGCAGGCUGCGGAGGAGGCCGGUCCCCAGAGUGACCUUCCAGGCCGGAGACCCGUACUACAUCAGCAAGAGACAGAGGGAAGAAUGGCUGAGCCGCUGGAAGAAGGAGGCGGAGCGGCGGGCGUACAGAGAGGCUGAGAUAAGCAUGAUGGACGACCUAUCAGAGGCUGACUUCCAGAAAGAGGACGAGCCGGCCAGUCCGGCCCCUCCCCCUUCACAGCAGCACACAGACCCCGCCUCGCCCACGGUCGCCUUGACGCCGGAGCCUGUUGCCAGAGGAGACCCGCCCACCCCGAGCGAGAUCGAGUACCAGGAUGGCCGGGGCUUCGGCAUCGGGACGCUGGUGUUCGGGAAGCUGCGCGGCUUCUCCUGGUGGCCCGGCAGGAUCGUCUCCUGGUGGAUGAGCGGUCGGAGUCGAGCCGCCGACGGCACCCGCUGGGUCAUGUGGUUUGGUGACGGCAAGUUCUCCGUGGUCUGUGUGGAGAAGCUGAUGCCUCUGAGCUCGUUCUGCUCUGCCUUCCACCAGCCCACCUACAACAAGCAGUCCAUGUACAGGAAAGCCAUCUUUGAGGCUCUGCAGGUCGCCAGCGUUCGAGCGGGGAGGCCCGUUCCAUCCUGUGAUGCUAGCGAUGAUGCAGAUGGGGUGGAGAUCCAGACCAGACAGAUGAUUGAGUGGGCCAUGACCGGCUUCUUGCCCAACGGCCCACAGUCACUGGACCCCCCAGAGGAGGAGCAAAAUCCAUACAAAGAGGUUUACCCUGAAAUGUGGGCGGAGCCUGAGGCGGCGUACACGCCUCCACCGGCCAAGAAGCCUCGCAAGAACUCGGCCGAGAAAGCCAAGAUCAGAGAGGUGAUCGACGAGGGGACCCGAGAGAGGCUCAUAUACGAGAUCAAAAAGAAGACCAGGAACAUCGAAGAUAUCUGUAUCUCCUGUGGAAGCCUCAACGUCUCUCUGGAGCAUCCUCUGUUUGUAGGAGCUAUGUGCCAGGGAUGCAAAAACUCAUUCCUGGAGUGCGCCUACCAGUACGACGACGACGGCUACCAGUCCUACUGCACCAUCUGCUGUGGAGGCAGGGAAGUGCUCAUGUGUGGCAACAACAACUGCUGCAGGUGUUUCUGUGUGGAGUGUGUGGAUCUGUUGGUGGGCGCCGGCUCGGCAGCUGCAGCCAUCAACGAGGACCCCUGGAACUGCUACAUGUGUGGCCCCCGGAGCACGUACGGGUUGCUGCGACGCCGGGACGACUGGCCCUGCAGACUGCAGCACUUCUUUGCCAACAACCACGAACAGGACUUCGAGCCUGCUAAGUUAUAUCCUCCAGUGGCAGCAGAAAAGAGGAAACCAAUCCGAGUCCUCUCCCUGUUUGACGGCAUCGCCACAGGACUGCUGGUGCUGAAGGACUUGGGAAUUCAGGUCGACAAGUACGUGGCGUCUGAGGUGUGUGAGGACUCCAUCACCGUUGGGAUGGUUCGUCACCAAGGACGCAUCAUGUAUGUGGGGGACGUCCGCAACGUGACCCGCAAACAUAUUGAAGAGUGGGGACCUUUUGACCUGGUGAUUGGAGGAAGCCCCUGCAACGACCUCUCCAUUGUCAACCCAGCACGAAAAGGUCUUUAUGAGGGAACUGGACGGUUGUUUUUCGAGUUUUACCGUCUGCUUCACGAGGCUCGACCGAAGCCCGGGGACGAGCGGCCGUUCUUCUGGCUCUUUGAGAACGUGGUCGCUAUGGGAGUCAGCGACAAGCGGGACAUCUCCCGCUUCUUGGAGUGUAACCCAGUGAUGAUCGAUGCCAAGGAAGUCUCUGCCGCCCACCGAGCUCGCUACUUCUGGGGGAACCUGCCGGGCAUGUCCAGACCUUUGGCUCCGAUGUUGAACGACAAGCUGGACCUACAGGAGUGUCUGGAACAUGGGCGCACAGCCAAGUUUGAGAAGUUGCGUACGAUAACGACACGCUCCAACUCUGUGAAGCAGGGGAAAGAUGAGCAUUUCCCUGUCUACAUGGACAACAAGGAGGACAUCCUGUGGUGCACAGAGAUGGAGAGGGUGUUCGGUUUCCCCGUCCACUACACCGACGUGUCCAACAUGAGUCGUCUGGCCAGGCAGAGGCUGCUGGGCCGCUCCUGGAGCGUGCCUGUCAUCAGGCACCUCUUCUCCCCACUCAAGGAGUACUUCGCCUGCUACUAGCCCCACCGACACGCUCUCCCACAGACGCACACAUGCAAACACACACAAAGGGUAUGGCCCGCACGCACAGAUCACUACACACAGGAUACAGCUUGUACAUGAAGGUUGGCUGGUGCAGAAGACACAGAGGACCAGGCAUAGCACACACAAACAAACACACACAAUGUAAAAGACUGCUUCCCUAGAUCCCAUGUAGACCACUGUCUGACCUUAGUCCCCAGGUGCUACCUUGCUGAUUACACACACACACACACACACUGUUGCAGGAUCCUGUACUGUAUAUCAUCACACAUACAAACUUCCUGUUCAACCUUGAAACUGAUGUCUUCUGGCUUUACUGUGUUGUAGUAGCUGGAGUCCCACGCGUUUUUAAUAUCUCUGAACACAUCAACACAGCAAUGAGUCCCUUUGAACCAUACACUUAACCAGUAGUGACACAUAGAGACACACAAACACACAGCAGCCGAUGCUGGUGGUGCUGGUCAGGCAGUGAUGGAGUCCAAACGGUGCCACUUUAAUACAACACUUGUACAGUUUUUGGUGCUCUUUGAGGCUGAACAGUCUCUGGUUGUUUCUGUCGCUGCAGUUUUAUCUCCCUCACUGAGUCGAACCAAACUAUCACAGGCAGGUGGGGGAAACGCCAGGCCUGGGAGGUGAUCGGGAUUUUUAACAAUGCAUUUAUUCAUCAGACGCAGUGCGCUAGAAUGUGCAGGGAGCAUCCUAAAGAAACCUUCACGUGAAACCUUUCCUGACUUAACCUGCUGGCGUGUCGGGAUUUAUGGUGGAAACGCUGCUCUGGAGGCAGAAACCUAAAUACAUGUAGUGAUAUUUUAAAACAAUUAAGUCAUUUUAAAAUGGAUUUUUAUGUAUUUGGCUUUGAGUUCAUUAGGACGGAGGGCGAAGCCACAGGGUCACUGUGUGUAAAACGAUCAGGGUCAGUAGAGGUCACUGCACUAGAAACAUUGUGAACACAGUGAAGACAAAGUAAAGUCAGCUUUAGCCGAAGCUGAGGUUUAGGUGAAUAUGCUGUGAAGUACUGCACAAUGGUAGCAUUAUAACAGAGUCUGGUUCCAUAUAAGCUGGUCAGUAGUACUACAUUUGGAAAAGUACUGCUGUAUUGCAUUGAUUACUGUUAACUGCUCAAAUAAUGUGAUGUGGAUGAUAACGGUGUAAAGUUGAAUGAUCCCUGUCACUGUUUGGUUCUGACAGAAAAUGGGUCUGGAGGUCGUCAGACAGUGGUACAGUAGUUGUGAUGAUACUGCACCGAGCUUUGGACCUUUAAUAGGAGCAGUUCAUUGUGCUGACAGUGAAAAGCGACUGUAUCUGUUCACACAGUGGUCAUUAUUUAGCUUUACUGGAGGAGAAUACUGUGAACUGAAAAUAAUGUAGUCUUUCUUUGUAGCUCGUAUGGCUUUGGCUCUGUUUGUUUUACCCGAUGGGAGCGUGGCUUCUUUAUUAGGAUGCUGAAUGCUGUACAGAGGUUUGAACCAAAUAGUCAGUAAUAAGAUGCUGUCUGGCCGUCAUCAGGCCAGAUGUUGAAUCUCUGGGUGACAUAUGUGGAAUACAGCUAAUGGAGAGUGGGGUUGUUUCUUCUUCCAGAGCAGUUCUCCAUCUAUAAAGAACAUUUGUCCCUUUUGGAAACAUCCCAGUUGCCUUAUUUGCAUCCAUGUUUGAGGGAGAGCUUUUAUUCUGAUAUAUUAUUAAAAGGAUGGAGUCACCGCUCGAUUGUUCGUCCUUUUAAGGGUUUGAGUCGGUGUCGACGUCAGGUUCUCGCUCUACUUCCUUUACACUACUGUACCUAAUAGGACUUUCUUAUUUAUCCUGACCUAAGAUUUUAAAGAUUAAGCUGCAUUUUAAGCAAAGGAUUCAAUAAUAAUUUGAACAGUUUGAUGGUCAAGAUGAUCUGUUCCAGCAGCACAUGGUUAAGGGUGCUGAAGAUCUGCUUUAUUUACUAGUUUCUCAUUCUACUGGUGGGAUUUGAGGCACAGGAGCCAGAAAUGAUGAAAUGAGGUGACUGGGAUGUUUGCAGGGGUCCGUAACGUCAGCGGGUGGCGUCAGGAGGGGCAGCGGAGGACGCCUGUGAGGGGACUGACCCUGAACCCCUUCUGUCUCAGCUCCUGUGCCUCGGCCCUGCCGUUGCCAUCCGUCUGUUCAAACAGUGACCAGCCCUUCGCAGUUACGCUCCGACGGUACGUUGACGCGUCUGCGUUCACUGUAUCAGCGACAUCCGCCGAACCAGAGGCAGACCUGACUCUGUAGACACUAUGCUGGUUUUCUACUUCCUCCCACUGAAACGGCCCUGUGGAAAUAACGCAUACGUCUCUACGCAGCAGUUGUUCGACCUGCCUUGGGUGUGUUUUUUGCCUUUUGAUGCCCAAGAGAAUAGAUUGUCCUCAACUGUGGUGGAUGUGACCUAACGCUGGCGUAUGUCUUAUUGGCACAGGGCUUUGUUUAAGAUAAACAUCUGUCAGUCUGGUGCUUUUGGUCUUCACACGACCACCUUUUUCCAGGAAGCCUUCCGAUCCUCUGACCUUCCUCAGAUACCAGCUAACGACUGGACAAAUGCAGUUUAUGCUCACACAGAACCAGUGUCACCAACCAACAGUCAACCAGCAGGUUUUCCAUCAUGUUUACUCUCUGUUUGUACAACCAACCUUCAGGUGCUUUUUGAACUCUGCUCUUUUUUACAGUGCUCUUACAGGUCAAACAUACACAACACGGUGCCGACGUUCAUGCUUCUCUGAACUCCUUCCGCUACAGAACCCGUCAUCGACACACACACAUGGACAUACAUGCAUACACACUGUGUUUUUGCCGACCGCCUGUCGCCAUCAGGCUUCCCGCGGCGCUGCUGGGUGUGACAUGUUCACCCUGCGAUGCUUGGUGCUCCCAGCCCCCUCCCUCCAGCACACCUAAAGCCCUCCCACCCCCAGGUGCUGCAUGUCAGUCAGUCAGUGUAAUCUCCGAUUCCAUGUUAGAUUAGGGAGUAAUGAUAAUAAUAAUAAUUACAAUAAUAAUCUGUUAUUGUGUGUGUGUACUGUUACAGGUUGGUGCUCAGUUCAGUUCAGUCUCAGCCUAGAGGGGAGAGAGAGGGGCUCGAGAAAGCAUAUAUUACAGUUAGUAUAGUGACUUGUUCUAUUGUACCCAAGGGAGAAACGGAAAGUGAAGGCAUCGAGCUGCAGCACGCUCUCAAUCAGCAGCAGGUUGAAAUAACGCCAAAUGUACCGAUGCUAAACUGGUCAAGCCGCCGAAAUCAUGCAAGUUCCCACGCUUCAGAAUCAAAAAGCUAAGAGAGGAAGAUGGAGAUUAGACUUAAAUGACUUUGUUCAUUCACACAUUUCUGUGUGUUUAAAUCUGGAUUUCUCCAAUCUCCUUCUAACAACCUGAAACAUCCUGUGUUUAAAAAUAAGAAUAUAAGACCUAAAAUCAAGAUGAAUAAAUGUAACCUAAUGUCAUAAAGAAGAGGUGUUUUCUGUGGUUUGACACUGAAUGUUUUCUGUUUGCUGGGUUAUUUCAACAUGCGACUGUGUGAGAGUGCUGUCAGACAAAAGCAUGAGGACCGGAGUCUACUCUUAAAUGACGGGUGACGCGAUGAUGAUGUUUCUGUUCGCCUAUCAACAGCUUUUAGGCUGAGUGAUGCGCUGUUUAAAACACUGAUACACUCACAAACCGAUACACACAAAACACUGUUAUUGACACGGAGCGUACGGCGCUCGGACACACACAUGCUCGACAUCCACAAAUACGAUGCUGUGGCGCAUGCAGACACUCAUCUCAUGGACUAAAUGAAAGAUGAGCUGUUAGGAAAAGGAGGACCUGGUGGUGUUUCAAAAGGUGCUAAAAUUUUAUCUGAAAAUAAGAAAAAUAUAUUGUUAGGAGUAUAAAUCAAGUUUGUCUUUACAAUGACUGUAUUUAAGUUUGUCGUAGUAAUGAAAGGCACUAUUAUUAUUUUACUCUUGUAUGAAUAUGAACUAAUUAAAAAGGCAUUUUAACUUUGUACUUGAACAAUGUAAGAAAUGAAAGUGAAUAAAAAGGACUGUUUCUUGUGA